AUGAUGGAUUUCGCGCAAUAUCAGCAGCCGGCGCCAGCCCAGCAUGCGCACAAUCAACAUAUCCAAGCACAAUAUCCAAACUCGGGCCAACAUCCAGGCGCAGGAGCAACGAUAACUUCACCUUCGCAACAACCACUUCAUUCGCAACAUGCGGUCCAUAAUCAAACCUCACCUAUCCUCUCAUCACAGCCCCAACAAGCUGGGCAGACUCAAGGUCAUCCAAUACACCAACAACAACAAAUGACAUAUCAACCAAAUUAUGGAGUUAUGUCUAGCGCCCAUUAUGGCAUGUCUGGGAUUACUCCCCAGGCUGCUGCGAUGGCAGCAGCAGCAGGUACAUCAAGCGGCGCGUAUUCUGGCUAUCAAAUUCAAGAUUCAGCCCUGUCGCAAACUUCCCCUAAGAUGUCGUCGGGUAUCAAGCGAGAGCGUCAAGGGCCUCGAUCACCACAGCAGGUCAACAACCAAAUAAAUCAUCAGAUCAACCAAACCAGAAGAAUGAGUCAACAAGUUGGAGGUAGUCCUGCUUUACAGAACUCCCAGCCGAUCAUGAACCAUGCACGCCCUGCGGUCCCUCCUAAUCAACAUCCCCAGUCACCUGAACUUGUUUCAGCCGUCGAAGAAUCACCUUUAUACGUUAAUGCGAAGCAAUUUCACCGUAUUCUGAAGCGAAGAGUCGCUAGGCAAAGACUGGAAGAAGCACUUCGGUUGACCUCGAAAGGAAGAAAGCCUUAUCUCCACGAGAGCAGACAUAAUCAUGCUAUGAGAAGGCCUAGAGGACCAGGAGGUAGAUUUUUGACCGCCGAUGAAGUUGCUGAGAUUGAGAGAACCAAGGGUGACGGUGGUGAGGAUGACAAAGUUUCCUUGGACACCCCUGCGAAAGGUAUGCCGAAUAGCGGUGGUGGUUCAGGGUCCAAACGCAAAGCAACCGAUGACAACACAACACCAAGUAAGAAGGCAAAAUUGAGUGCAGCUCCUGUUGGUGGUCGGAGUAGUGCGGAAGAUGAGGAUGAAGAUGAGGACGACGCGGAAGAUGAUGGCUGA